UGGAUAAUCAAGGACCCCGACCAAGACCAGAGAGGAGAGGUGUGCUUUUGGUGAUCGUUUAUUUUUUAAUCAUCAUUUAGCAGUACUUAAUAAUGCUUAGGUUUUCGAUUGGCAGUACAUAAAUUAAGGGUUGUAAUUACACGACAAUAUAACAUGGCUACUACUGAAAAUGCUGAAUCAGGUUCACCAGAGAGCAAAGUGGAUCGCAGAUCUGCUGACUCAGAUGCAAAAUACCCAUUGAAAGUACUCUACUGUGGAGUUUGCUCUUUGCCAACAGAGUAUUGUGAAUACAUGCCGGAGCCUGCAAAGUGCAGGCAGUGGCUGGAGAAGAACUUCCCAGAUGAGUUUGCAAAGCUAAGCGUAGGGAAUACUCCCAAACAGGACAGCGGAGGAGGAGAGGCCCCAGCUCCCGGGGAGGAAGAGGAAAAAAAGAAGCAAAAGAGAGGCGGCCGAGGCCAGAUUAAACAGAAGAAGAAGACAGUGCCCCAGAAAGUAACAAUAGCCAAAAUCCCGAGGGCAAAGAAGAAAUACGUGACUCGAGUGUGUGGUCUUGCGACUUUCGAUAUUGACCUUAAAGAAGCACAGAGAUUUUUUGCUCAGAAAUUCUCCUGUGGCGCCUCGGUUACAGCAGAGGACGAAAUCAUCAUUCAGGGAGAUUUUACAGAUGACAUCAUCGACGUGAUUCAAGAAAAGUGGCCUGAGGUGGAUGAUGACAGCAUUGAAGAUCUUGGGGAAGUUAAGAAGUGAGCCCACCUGCACUUUUGAGAAGGAGCGCAGCAUAACACAAUGACCUGGCCAAAUACAAACACUCAUACACACGAGUAAAGGCAUUUUAUAUCUAUUUUAUUUACUGUAUAGAAACUGUGGACCGGCCCCUGCAUUCAUUUUUUUCAUUUCUGUAUAGCUGCUUCUCUCUUGGUUGCCAAAGGUCUGACAUAAUUGUGAAUUACUUCAAAACACUGCACUAAAGUAAUCUUUAGGUUAAUAAAUAGUCAAUUUUGGUCGCCUUG